AUGCAGCGUUUGCGUCGUUCAGUGCGUGAAAAGAGGCGAGAGUUGUGGCCUGACAACUCCUGGCUGCUUCACUAUAACAACGCGCCUGCUCACAAUGCUCUGAGUAUCCGACAGUUCCUGACCGAGGAGAGCAUCGCCUUCAAGGGGGUCAUCAAGGGGACUCGUUUUGAAGACAAGGACGACAUCAAAAUGGACAUGGCGAUGGAACUGCGGAGGAUCCUGGAAAAGUUCUUCCAGGAGUGCAUGCAUACCUGGCAGAGAAGGAUGAAAAAUCUUGGAACUUCUCUGACACCUCAGCCCGUGUCGGAAGCUGCACUUCAUGCCUUGUGUCAAAAGUUCGUGACACGGUUAGACACACGCUACCCAGAGGCAUGA